AUGGCCACCGGAAUCGUCGCGACGGCCCACAAUGCUUUCCCGAGCCCACCAUCCAUCCCCAUCUCCACAACCGUCGUCGUCGUUGUCGUCGUUGUUCCAGUAGUACUCCUUCUUGUAAAACUUCACACGGAUUCACUAAGAUACAUCCCGGGCCCGCUUAUCGCGCGCCUCACCCCCCUCUGGCUCUGGACCCUGACCCACCGCGGUAUCGAAUGCCGCCUCGCCGCGCUUCAUAGCCGCUACGGCCCCGCAGUGCGUAUCGCGCCCAACGAAGUCGAUCUCUCCGACGCCGCUGCGCUGUAUCCCCUCUGCGCGAAGAAUGGCGGCUGCGCCAAGAACCCCGUCUACGCCAACUAUGACAUCGACGGAUUCGCGACGAUUUUCUCCGCCGUGGAUCCCGUGCAGAGGGCCGCAAAGGCGGCGGCUGUAGCUCCCCUCUUCGCGCAACGGGCGAUCGUGGAGGGGAGGGAGCUGGGGGCGAGGAGAGCAGUAGCGCACGGCGCGCCCAUCGACGUCCUGGAUCUGUUCCGCUACUUGGCCAUCGACGUUGUCCAUUGCCGCGAGCACGGCUGUCGUUAA